UUGAGGCGCUCAGGUCGGCAGUCAGCUGUAACACUGACUGCGGUGUGGAUCUAAUAAACACACACACACACACACACACACACACACACACACUCUGCGGGGAGAUUUAAACACCGUCACAGCUUCUGGAUCACUGCAGGAGUGUGUGAGAGCAGAACCGCGACCAUGAGAUGAAAGAAAGGGAUUUGUUUCUGAUCUCCAAGGCGACAUGAGCUCGUGCAUUUAAAGUUAAACCACACUGAUGAUGAAGAUGAUGAUGAUGAUGAUGAUGAUGCAUGAGGACUUUGAAUUUACUGUCCAUGCAAAUAAUUUAUCAUGCACUGUAAGACAUCUGGAGAUCUUCCUCCACACGUGCUGAGCUUGGAUUCACGUGGAGCGGAUGGGAUUGAGGAACUUCAUGAUCCACUUCAUCAUCAUCCAGCAUCAUGGAUGGACAUGUGGGUCAUUUAUAAAAUCUCCAAAUAACCUCUGCGCUCUGUAAGACAAGAGAAGACAUUUCUGGAUCUAUACAAGGUUCCUCCUGAUGCUUGACAUGAUCUGAUCAUCGGUCGACUCCUCAUGGAUGAACACGCGCACUUCAUUACAGGGUUCCUGUGACGUUCCUCUGUUACAAACACGAUUUUUUAAAUAUAUAUCUAUAAGCAGAAGAUCAGUGGUGUGAGUUCCACCCAGAUGGAGGUUCAGGUGUUGGUGUUGGUGUUUGCCAUGCUGUGUUUGGUGUGUGUGUGGACGGAGGACAGGAUUCCCCCCUCAGACAGACACGCCGUCUACUGGAACAGCUCCAAUACCAGGUUUUGGCAUGGAGAGUACACCGUAGCCGUGAACAUCAACGACUAUCUGGACGUGUACUGUCCGUACUACGAGGAGCCGCAGCCGCCGAGCAGGAUGGAGCGCUACAUCCUGUUCAUGGUGAACCACGACGGCUAUGCGACCUGCGAACACCGCAUGAGGGGUUUUAAACGCUGGGAGUGUAACAGGCCGCAGAACGUCGACGGGCCGCUACGCUUCUCCGAAAAAUUCCAGCUCUUUACGCCGUUCUCGCUCGGCUUCGAGUUCCGCCCCGGACACGAAUACUACUACAUCUCGUCUCCUCACCCCAAUCACGCUGGAAUGCCCUGUUUGAAGCUGAAGGUUUACGUAAAACCAGCAGACGGUUCGGCGUUCGAGUCUCCGGAGCCGUUCCUGAUCGACCGAAGCGCCACUAACGAGCUUCACUUCUGCGUUUUAAUGCUAUCAGCGGCUGCGUUGGUCCUGAUGAUGAUGCGAAUGUAGGGUUUGCAGUUUUAUUCCCUCCUUUUUGCCCCUCAGGGAAGUGUUUCUGCCCCACAUGUGCUAAAACACUAAACAGAACGAUGCAGUCUGACACUGAGGAACAAUACGGAUUAUCUGUUUUUUUUUGUUUUUUUGGGUUUUUUUGGCGGGGGAGGGGGGCGGGGUCUUUGACGUGAUGCAUGGAUACUAAACAGAGCAACGUGGCAUUCUUUUUCUUUGCUUUCUCCAACAUGAUUAAUGGCAUUACAUCUGAGAAGGAGUUCAGUGCAGAAGAAAGUGAAUUUUAAACGGCCGUUUUCUGAUUUCUCACCUCGUCUCGACUCUGAGUGUCUUUUCCCUCCGACUGAUGACACCAAAGGACUACUUUGAGGUUUUUUUGGAAGAUUUGAGAACCAGCACCUAUGAAAACUAGCUGUAGACUUAUUCACGUGCAUGUGAAACACUGUGAGGAAAAAAAAAAGAGAAAAUAAUUCUUACAAUAUUAAUAUUAAUACUCUAUUUUUAUUGGUGAACAAUCAGCGGACGCUGUAUCAAAGCUCCAGAUGUUGUUGAGUCAGAAAAAAAGAAAAUGACCGUGUUUUGUCUCUAUUUAAUGUGAAAAUCUCCAUCGAGAUAAAAACCACAGAGGGUUUUUUUUUCGUAUUAUGUUUCAUGUUAUUUUUGUAGCGUUUAAAACCGGCAUUAAUUAUUUAUGUGACAUGGGGAAAGGUUUUUAGUGUCUCGUGUGACGGUGAAUCAGCAGCUCUGAGAAACUUGCUCUCCUUCAGCAUCUGUUGGGCGUCGGCUGACUUUAAACUCUCACGUUACAGUAAAAGCCGAAUCUUUUAUCCUGGUUUACGAUAUCAUCCCGAUAGUUUAAACAGGUGGAGUGACAACUGUGUUUUUCAUGCUUUCAUGUCUUUCAAAUGUCAAGGGCCCUAAGAAGACGGCUCACCUCGUGCUGCCUAGUUAGGGAACCUACAUAGGGUUUGUGACGAUAUUUUAGUGUGUCAUGCGUGUUGAAAAUCGUGAUAUAUCAGCACCUGCCUACCUUCAGUACCGUGAAAGUGUUUGAUGUCUGAAAAAGCAACACCCAGCGUGCCCACCUGCCGACGCCCCUACAGGCCCACCCAGUGAUACGCCCACCCAGUGACACGCCCACCCAGUG